AGACAACAAUUAUCAAGUCUGUGAACGGCUUCUCAAUGAGGGGUGCCCGCCCGAUAUAAAGAUCAGAUCCUGCCACACUUGCACAGCCCUCGUCUUCGCCUUCUCGCGUAAGACAAUUCCGACCAAAAUUGUUGAUACACUCAUCGCAAGAGGUGCAAGUUUCAGAGCCGCUUCCUGUGCGCGACAUGGAUUGACCACAUAUUCGCGUGUUCGGUACUUUGACAACAGUAGCACUGAUACGUACUCCUGGUCCUCAACGUCCGACAGCGACGAAGAUAAGACACCUCAGUGGCCAAUACGGGGGUCCACAUGUCUUGACUUCCUCAUGUAUGAGUACAACCUCCCAGAAGAGGUCUCGGCGUGGCUUCGUCUCAUUCCUCAGAAAGACAUGGUGUGGCUUUUGGACAACUCUUUUGCGGUCCGGGUUGCUAUCGAUAGGAACUCCUGCAAAGUCCUCGCAGUAUUGUUAUCCUACGUAUCAGAACUGGGCACUGUCGGAGGGCUCAAUCUGGUCAGAGAUCUUGUCAACGAGGUUCCAACUCGCCCGGACCGGUAUUGUGAUUACUCGCCAUUACACGAUGCUGUGGAGGAAGAGUACGCGGAUAUUGCACGACUCCUUCUGCAGUACGGAGCUGAUGUCAACCGACAAAACGCGGCUCAAAUGACCCCGCUACACAUAGCAGUUGAGGCGGAUGACUUGGAAAUGGUCAAACUUCUCACUGACCACGGGGCUUCUAUUCAUAUCCGAGACGGUCAAGGUCGUACCCCCGUUGAGGUCGCAGUCCGUUAUGCCAGUCCCGGAAUGGUCGAAUUCCUCCUCGACAAGGGGGCUAGUAUCAGCCGUAUUCUCGAGUCAAAUUCAAAACUGAUGUGCGCCUCAGUCAAUAUGGCCAUAUCGCUACAAAAAGCCGGCAUUAAUCUCAAUCAGAUCGGGGGCUUUGGAACACCACUCUGGACACCUAUGUUGUUCAAAAUUCAACUUGCGACCUACAUCCUGAACUCCGACCAGCAUGCAUUUCUUCGUACAUUUGAACCAGGAAGAGUGCCGUGGAAGCUCUUAUGGUAUUUCUACGAUUUUGAUGUUGUCAACUCAAUGCACAGGCAGUUGCGGCUGAUGUACCGCAGACUAGGCCACGAUUUUAUGCGCCAGAUAUCUGAGAUUGAAGCAGAUGACGGUCAUGAACCGUUUAAUAUUCUAUGCUUCUCUGCCCAUUAUGGACUUGUAGACGAAGUCAAAGUUCUGCUAGGGGAGGGAUGUGACAUCGAAUUCGAAGGCUCUGCGGCUGGAACGGCACUUAUGGCCGCAGCCAGUAUGGGACGGAUUGACAUCGUCAAGUUGCUAGUUUACGCAGGUGCCAGGAUACAGUAUAAGAAAAACGAGGGUUGGAGGAGUGCGGUUACCGCUGCUAAAGACUUCCCGGAUGUGCUGAACUGGUUAUUGGUAGGGAGGUUUACGGAACAGAGCAGGAUCGAGGAGUCAUCAGUUGAUUGGAGCAGCGAUUCUGAGGUCAAUGUGUGUUUUUGGAGUGGCUACUGGGCAGGUGUGUUUCCGUUGGAAGGCAAAUACACACGGGGCUGGGGCGACUCCAUGUUGAGAUGGCUGUCGUGCUUGGAGAAGGCAAGGAGGAACUGUAAAGGUAAAGUGGUGAUUUCCCAUCUGAGAGACAUAGGCGUCCACGGGGAAUGAGUCUCAUGACGAACAAUGAAGACCAUGACGCAGUAAAAAGCCUAGUCUGGUGGACAGUCACUGUCUGCAAUAUUUUUGGCCUGCGUCAUGUCCUUGGCCACGACUACAUCCUUAUUUUCCAACACAAUCAUAAUGAA